CCAGCUGUGGCGGCCGUGCGCACGAUUGUGCCGCUGCCCCCGCCGCCCCCGCUGCCCGCGGCGGCCGCGCCUCUCGUGCACCAGCUGCCGCCCACGCACGUGCACCACUUGCAGCUGGCGCCGCCACCCCACGCCGCCGCCCCCGUGCCUGCCGCCGCCGCCGCCUCGGUAUCGGUGGUGGUGCCCGCGCCCGCCCCCGCGCCCGUCCCCGCCCCCGCGGCGCCGGCGCCGGCCACCCUCACACCGCCCCCGGCGCACACCUCCGCCGCCGCCACCGUGCCCGGAGUCGUCGUCAAUGGCGGCCUUUCACCGAUGGAGGCGGCGGCCAACGCUGAAGAUGCCAAGGACUUCCACAAGCGGACGAUGGGGACGCGGGAAGUGCACAACAAGCUGGAGAAGAACCGGCGCGCCCACCUCAAGGAGUGCUUCGAGCUGCUCAAGAAGCAGCUGCCGCCCUCGCCGGACGAGAAGAAGACGUCCAACCUGAGCAUCCUGCACAGCGCGCUGCGCUACAUCCAGGUAAUGCGACGGAAGGAACGCGAGUUCGAGCACGAGAUGGAGCGACUCGCCAGAGAGAAGAUAGCCGCUCAGCAGAGGCUCGCCAACCUGAAGAAAGAGCUGUCGGCACAAUGGGACCAUAUAGACUUCAACGCCUUGCUACCCGAGACCGUUCCUGUCGACAACGAUCCAGUGAGACCACCACGUGAUACUGUGUCGCACACUGCUUCCACAGCCUCAGCCGGUGCAGAUCUGAGUGACGGGGAGGAGACCCUGCAGAGAACUGGCCCCAUGUACAGCAGCACCUCCUCACUCUCGAGCACGGCCACUCCAGGCUCUCCGCAGCAGCACGCUACCGAGGACGCGAGUACCUCGACGCGGCAGCAGAGCCCGCGGCCCACCGCUGCGGUGGCGACUCCUCCGCACCAGCACGCACUGCCACCCCCACCGCCCACGCACCAUCUGCAGCUGCCUGUGUCUGCACAUAUGGUGAGUGCAGCACCGGGCCUCGCGGCGGCCCUGGUGAGCCCUGCCAUCCAGCUGCUGGCGUCGUCAGGCCUGCGUGUGCUGCCAGCCGAGCCACAGCCGCUGUCGCUCACCGUGCACCACCCGCAAUCUUCGUCACACCAUCAUGCAGGUGUCGGUACGGAGCGGCUGCGUGAGUCCCCUACUAGUGCGGCGAUCUCACUGCCGACGUUACACCUCACUAACAAGAUGGUGGCCUUGCCUGGAGGUGCAGAACUGAACCUACUGCCAGCCAACGGCACUCGCAAGCACCCACCCCUGGCCACAAUUACUGGAGGUAUCAGCUUACCAAAUGGUGUGCUGGGUCCCCAUCACCCAGUGCAACACGCUGCCGCAGCCACGCAGCACACUACGCACCAUCACGCCGGUGUCACGCUGGCGACCAAGUCGGUGCCUGCAGGCAUCACCCACGUGGUGGCCCCUCUGGGCAGCCACCCUGCGCACACGGGGCUGACGCCACUUGUCACGCCUGUCACUGUAGUGUCUCAGGGAUCGCAGCAAGUAGCUCACAUACUUGCAACUCCACAGCCGAUUGGUGCGGCUGGGAAGGUUAUGACGACUGCUCCCUUGUUGAAGUCAGUGGGUCCUAUGCCUCUCGUUAAUGCGCAGUACCUGUCGGCUGCUGCACUCGUGAAGCCAGUGGUCGUGGUGAGCUCACCGUCCCAGGCGAGUGCUCUGCCGCCCCCUCAUACAACUUCGUGAGCUCCACUGGCCGCGAUGCAACACACUGGUGGCUACUUCACAUUACAUCCAAUCUAAGGAGGAAGUCUACCAGAGGCAUGGGGAUUGCAGUGCAGAUAUACUAUACAAAACUUUGGUUCCCUGCAGAGACUCGUAUUUUGUGUGUUGGAAGAGGGUGGUGGACUUCGUGCAGGGAGCUUUGUGCUGUAGUGGAAUCUUCCCAAGUCUUGUUGCAUGUGGCCAUAAGAAGCAGAUGUUGAUUUGAGUGGGGUAACAUUGGAGGUUACAGAGAAGUGAGACUGAGUGUGCCCAUGUUAAUGAUGUGACUCUUCACAGAAAUGAUGGUUACUGCUUUGAGAAACUAUAAGGAGCUGGGCCAUUCUGGCUACAGGUGCUGGACAUAAUGAAUAUAUAUGUGUGUGUGUGUGUGUGUGUGUGAGUGCGUGUACG